AUGGGGUAUUGGCGAGGUAAUGUUUGGUUCUGGACUGUGAUCAGAGCGGAAGAAGUUCUUGGACUGGAUGCAAUAACCGAAUUGGAAGAGUUGCGAAUUUUAUUGAGGGAUGUAAAUCUGAGACGCAAUGUUGAAGAUGUUCUCAUAUGGCCUUUUGAUGCGUCUAAGUGCUUUACGGUGCGGUCUUGUUACAAUAUUAUUAUGCAGGAUCUUGGUGUUGCAGUGCCGGAAGACGGCUUCGGACAAGGGCUGAAGGUCAUUUGGGAGGCCCAGAUUCCAUCCAAAGUCCAGCUGUUUGGUUGGAGGAUGCUGAGGGACAGCUUACCGACAAGGAAUCAAUUGCUAAAGCGAAGGAUUAUUCAGCAUAUACAUGAAGAUACAUGUAUUUUCUGUGAGCAGCAAAAGGAAGAUAACCCCCAUCUAUUCAUGUUGUGUCCUAUGAUUCAAAGAUUGUGGAGAAACAUAGCUCAAUGGCUGGAUAUAGACAAUUUUUAUGCGGCUGAUUGUUGCAGCCAGCUUCUGAUAGCCGUGAAUAUGUUGUCGGGCAGAAUUCCAACUAAAAGGGUGGCAGCCAUUUGGUUGACAGCUUGGUGGUGCAUUUGGAAGAUGAGAAACAACAUGAUAUUCAACAAUGCGGUGUUUGAUAGUGAUGAAUUAUUUUAUUCGAUCAUUUGGUAUUCUUGGUGGUGGCUCGCAAUUGCAGCUAAGGAUAGAAUCAAAUGUAAUCUCUAUGAGUGGUUUAAAAACCCUCUGUUGUGUAUUUGA